CAGGUCCCCGCGCUUCCAUCGUGCCGUCUGCGCCUCCUGGGCACCACGGGGCCUGCAGCCCCAUGGCCGUCGUCUUCCCUGAAGUCACUUUGCCUUCGGUCGUAGAGGAACUUCUGAGCGAGAUGGCUGCGGCGGUGCGGGAAAGCGCGCGAAUCCCUGAUGAGCAUCUACUAUCAUUGAAGUUUAUCUUUGGUUCAUCAGCCAUCCAGGCCUUGGACCUAGUUGAUCGACAAUCCAUCACCUUAAUCUCAUCACCCAGUGGGAGGCGUGUUUACCAGGUACUUGGAAGUUCUGGUACAACAUAUACAUGUUUGACUUCUUGUCAUUACUGUUCAUGUCCUGCAUUUGCUUUCUCAGUACUACGGAAGAGUGACAGCCUACUGUGCAAACAUCUCCUGGCAAUUUAUCUUAGUCAGGUUGUGAAGACUUGUCAGCAACUAAGUGUCUCUGACAAGCAACUGACUGAGAUAUUAAUGGAGAAGAAACAAGAUUCAUAAAAGUUGAAACUGAUCAUCAUUAGCUUUCAAAAUAGAAAUCCCAUCAAGAAAUGUAAUCUGUCCUGGUUCACUAGGAAGAGAGUGAAACAGAUCUUUGAGAGACUUUUUGAUAACUGUCACUUUUCCCUCUUGACUGCAGAAGGUACUAUAAGCUAGAGCCAGUGUUUUGUAUGCUCUGUUGCUCUAUACAAGUCUUCGCUUGAAAUAAAUGAAUC